CUACAAAUGUCAACAAACAAUCCAGAAGAUCGACCACGCUGCCUGUAGUGUCAAACAUGUUCAAAAACAUAUUAGGCAAAGUACUUAAGUGUAGUGAGACGCCAAUUCCUCGAUUUCUUUUACUUACAGACACAAGUGAAGUGUGUGGACGUGGUGUAUUAUGGUCAAUUAUGCAAUCACAUCUCCAUAAUAAUGCCAGCAUUAUUUAUCUGUCAACUGAACUGUCACCAGAACACAUAAAAAGCUCUUUGAAUGUUAAAGAAAGCAAUGGUAAAUUACAUUUCCAUGAUGCAACAGUUGACCCCUGUGGGUGGGACAAUGACCAACCAAAUGUAAAUGUAGCACAACCACUACAUAAUAUUAUGAACAGCAGUUAUGUUAAAGGCAGUGGUGGUACACAGAAAGUAGUGAUGGUUAUAGACAGACUGGAAAAGAUUGCUCUAUAUCAAGAUCCUUUACAGCUCAUACGAAGCUUGCAUAUUCUUGCUUCAGAGGAACAUGUGCAACAGUUGAUAGUUUUGUCAGGAAGAGAUGUGUUACCAGAAAAUAUACUGUCUGCUGUCUGCCAUUUAGCCUCUGCUGUUGUGUAUGUCCUCCCUACAACUCCUUCUAGUUGCAAGGUGGUACUAAAGAAGCCCUCUGGAAAAGUCUUAAAGUCGCAUGAGGAGUUCACAUUAACGCCUGAUCUCCAAGUCCAAGUCCGCAAAGCUCAAAGCCAAACUACGUCACCUUCUACCACUGAUCCUGAAACCGAUGCCAUACUUGCAGCUCAGACCACCUUCAACCUGGCACUGACAGAUGACCAGCGAAGAGCCAAGAAUAACCUACUUUUGCCACACACAAGGAUUCAGUCAACUGGAGGCCAAAUCCAUUACACCCCAGAUGAUGUUGAUGACUGGGAUGAUGAUGAUCCAGAUGAUGACUUAGAUAUAUAGCACAUCAGAAGAUUUCUGUCAGAGUUUCAGAUAGGAUUUGUGGCAUUCAGACUAUUUAUUUUAGUAGAGGCAUUUAUGUUAUCCUAUGAACUAGAUUAGAUAAACUAUAAACAAGAAGUAUUUCAUUAGUUACACCCAAUAUCAACUAAUAAAUUAAUUAUCUGAUGUGUCAAAGAUGAAGCUCACAGUUUAGAGAUCAACUUGGUAAAAUAAGUAUUAUUAUCUACCACAAGGGGAUGAUAAUUGUGUCAUUUUUCAUUUUACAAGUAAAGCAAAGCACACAAACAUAUAAUAUGCAGUUCACCCAUCAAUAAUCUGGCACAAAUGGUACCCAUAGCAAGCUGGAUUAGUGGAAAUAUUAAAUCACAGAAAGGCCACCCCUAAACAAUGGCUAUAACCUUCAUACAAAACCUUUAACUCAUUGUUGUUGGUGAUAGCAUAUGCUACGUCCACUGUGAUUUUAGUUUAUCUAUUGUGUUCACGCAUAGAUGGCUCUGCAAGUGCAUAAUUAAGGAGUCAAUUAUUAGUUCCUUUUCAUUAUUAUUAUUUUUUUUUUUUGUAUUAUUGUUAUUAACAUUGUAAUAAUCAUAAUAUCAGUAAGGAUAAUAAAAAUAUUGAUAUGAAUAGCAUUAGAAUUUUUUUUUUUGACAAAAACUCAAAGAAAGGUAAAUCAGGCUAGGUGACAUAAGUCUGUUAAUUGACUACAUGGUGGCUGAGCCCUUGUGGAUCCCUCUAUAUGUAAAGACAGUACACAAAGCAAAGUUGAAGUGGACUAUACAAGUUCCUAGCAGCAAUGUUGGAUGAUAGGAGAACAGGAUGUUUGGGCAGUACAGAUAUUACAAGCUGGACUUUAAAGAGAUCUAUAACACUCUAGUGCACAAAACUAUUUCAAUAAGUGUCUGUGUUGUUUACCUAAUGAUUUCUAGCAGUCAUUUCACCAACCCAGCCUCUGAACAAUAAUUGGUGUGUGGUAGCUGCUCACAUGUGAAAACUUGUUAAUAACAUGGUUUUGAGGAAAACUAUUAGCACAGUGAUAAGUCAGCUCCAUGGCAUACGAGACAUUUGUUUUCACAGAACCAUAAAUGAGCAUUGCAAGAUUUGCAAAGCAUGUGCAAGAGGAUUAUGCAAAUAUUCUGAUGGCAUUUAUUUAUUUGUACAGCAGCUAAUUUUGCACUAUCCACUGUCUCAUGGCAUAUUCUUGCAGAGCACUGUAUGGACAGAUAGGUAUGUGUGUUUAUCAUUCUGCCUAUCUAUCUAUCAAUCCAUCUAUCUAUCUUCAAAGAUAUAAAACUUGUUAUAAAGCACAAAAUUUAAUAGGGAUCUUGAUUGGUAUGGCUGUACACAUACACAUAGGCUUAUAUGAAAUUUUAUUAUUUAGUAUCCAUAAUUAUAAGCCCAGAAUCCUUAAACAUACAUGCUGGAGGCAUCACAAUUUUUUUUGCUGUAUUUGAAAGAUAAAAAUGAUAUUAAUAUAUUAGAUUAUGAAUGUGGGAUUGAGCUGAUAAAAAAAUACAGGCAGUAGUUUAAGGGUUUCAUUGUUAUUUAAUACUCAGUUAUCUUGUAGAAGACUGGUUAUUAAGUAGUCUGGCUCAAUCAACUUCAGUGCACAAAGGGUUACUUUUUAUGAAUAUCCGAAAGUUUUAUACAUACUAAUUUUUUGUUAGUCUCCAAACCCUUACACCAUUCUUAGGGAGAAUUAACCUGAAAAUCUAAGUGUCAAAGGUAUAUCUAUUAGAAGCCACGUGAAUUCCUUGUUAUGCCUCACUAUUUGUGAUCUUGUCUUCUAAGAGACUCAUAAAAGGGUUCUUGAAUUUGUUUUGAAAUUUUUGUUUAGAAACUUAAUAUAACUCAAAUUUUAUGUAACAGUAUUUACUUUUUUUUUAAUUUUUUUUAUUAACUUUGAUAAUCAUUUCUUUAUAGGGCUCAACGUUUUUUUUUUUCUCUCACAAGGAAAUAACCACUUCUUUAUGGGUUCUUCAUUUUUUUCUCUUCUUUCAUAAGGAAAAAAUAACUGUAUGCACAUACUGUAAAACCUUAUCAGUUGUUUUCUUUGUGGAUCAGUGAACCUGUGUCUAUCUCAUUCAGUCAUAUAAGUGAUUUUAUUCUUUAGGUAAUCAGAGUUGAUAAUAAAAUAACUGUUAUCUUUACUACUA